GCCUUUGAAUUUUGAACUAUUUCAUUUACGCUGUUUCACUUUUCUCGCCAAAAACUUUCCUCAAAUCUCCCUUUUUUUGAUUUUUUGUUAAGUUCUCUUAAUCACUCAUCAGACUGCUGUGGUGUAGUUCUGGGUUAUAAUGAUGUUGGACAAGUGUAAGAGGUCAUUAGAGAGGUGUUUUCGAGGGGAAGAUGGUGCUGAUGGGCUGUUGUGGCAUAUGGACUUGAAGCCGCAUGCUUCUGGCGACUAUUCAGUUGCAAUGGCGCAAGCUAAUUCUCUGUUGGAGGACCAGGGACAGGUGUUCACUUCUCCUUCGACCACAUAUAUCGGUAUCUAUGAUGGCCAUGGUGGUCCUGAGGCUUCCCGCUUCAUCACUCAUCACCUCUUCCCUUUUCUCCACGAGUUUUCCAUGGAGGAAGGGGGGUUUUCAGAAGAAGUGAUGAAAAAGGCAUUUGGUGCAACAGAAGAGGCAUUUCUACAUUUAGUGAAGAGAUCAUGGCGUUUUCGGCCGCAGAUUGCUGCAGUGGGUUCAUGUUGCCUUGUUGGUGUAAUUGCUAAUGAUGUGUUAUAUGUAGCAAAUCUUGGUGACUCCAGGGCUGUGUUAGGGAGGAGAGUGUCAGACAGUCGAAAAAAUACACGGGUUUUGGCAGAAAGGUUGUCUAUCGAUCAUAAUGUUGGUGUUGAGGAGGUGAGAAAGGAGGUUGAGGCCCUUCAUCCAGAUGAUUCCCAUGUUGUAGUUUUUAGCCACGGGGUUUGGCGCAUAAAGGGAAUAAUUCAGGUUUCAAGAUCCAUCGGAGAUGUUUAUUUGAAGAAACCUGAGUUCAGCAGUGAUAAUCUUUUUCAACAAUUUGGAUCAGCAGCCCCUCUGAAAAGGCCUGUGAUGACAGCAGAACCGUCAGUGUUAAUUCGAAAGUUGAAGCCAGAGGACUUGUUCUUGAUCUUUGCAUCUGAUGGUCUCUGGGAGCAUUUAAGUGAUGAAGCAGCUGUUGAAAUUGUUCUCAAGAGCCCAAGAGCUGGAAUAGCAAGACGAUUGGUGAGAGCUGCACAAGAGGUGGCAGCGAGGAAAAGAGAAAUGGAAUAUGAGGACUUAAAAAGAACUGAAAGAGGAGCAAGGCGACAUCUUCAUGAUGAUAUCACAGUUGUUGUGAUCUAUCUAGAUCACCCACUGGGUUCUUCAAAGGCUAAAUUCAAAGAUUAUUGCCUUGUUGGGUUCACCAGCGCUCCAGUAGAUAUCUUCUCUCGUAAAGCAGGUGAAGCAGAGGAUGUUCUUCGAGCUGGUAACUGCAACCAAGCAACAUCUAGGACUGUUAAUGAAUUAUCUUGUGUAUAGAAAUCAUAAUUAACCUCCCUCCAGAGGAUGCUGAGUAAAUGUAUCUUGCUAGAGAGGAAACUGCUAUGGCUGCUGCCUUACGUCGCAUUUUGAUCACCCUUAUUCUUCCCUGUGAUUUGGGAGAUAAUGAUAAUAAUUGUAUUCCUUCA